AUGCCUCGAAAGACUGCAAACUCACAUUCUGAUAGUACAGUAUUAGAAGACGAGCAGACUGUUGAAAGUACUCAGUACGAAGAUGAAACUGAAGAUGAAGAUGACAAAUUGUUCUAUACUGAGAUUGAAGAACUUCAAUCUGGUGGAAUUAACAUGGCAGACAUCAAUAAACUUAAACACUCUGGAAUAUGUACUGUCCGGGGCGUUCAAAUGAUGACACGAAAAUCAUUAAUGCGCAUAAAAGGGCUUUCUGAAGCCAAAGUUGACAAGAUUAAGGAUGCUGCACAAAAAGCUUCUGGUUUUGUAUCAGCCACCGAAGUGUCAAACCAGAGAUCAAAAGUCUUGAGAAUAUCAACAGGCAGUAAACAAUUUGACACCUUGAUUGGAGGUGGUGUCCAGACCAUGUCUAUCACAGAAGUGUUUGGUGAAUAUCGCACCGGAAAGACACAGUUGGCCCAUACAUUAUGUGUCCAGGCCCAACUUCCAUUAAGCAUGGGAGGUACAGCCAGUAAAGCUGCCUACAUUGAUACUGAAGGAACCUUUCGACCUGAGCGAAUUCGAGCAAUUGCCGAGAGAUUCGGAGUGGAUUGUGACCUUGCCUUGGACAAUAUUCUUGUUGCCAGAGCUUGGAACAGUGACCAGCAAAUGGAACUAAUCUCUGAAAUUGCUGCUCGUUUUGCAGAGGACAAGGGCGCAUUUAGUCUCUUGGUGAUUGAUUCAAUUAUCUCACUCUUCAGAUGCGAUUAUAGUGGCCGUGGUGAACUUGCUGAUAGACAACAGAAAUUAAAUCAAAUGUUGAGUCGAUUGAUCAAGGUUUCUGAAGAGUACAAUGUUGCCAUAUUUGUAACAAACCAAGUUUCUUCUGAUCCUGGAGGUGGCAUGACAUUUGUUUCUGAUCCAAAGAAACCUGUAGGAGGACAUGUUCUGGCUCAUGCGUCUGCCACUCGACUUUCUCUCCGCAAAGGACGAGGAGAGGAGCGUAUUGUAAAGGUUUACGAUUCUCCAGAUAUGCCUGAAGGGGAAGCAACAUAUGCGAUCACCAAUGGAGGAGUCACAGAUAUUUCGUUUUAA